ACAUAGAGAGUGUCACAAUCAAGCAAGCUUCAAAGAUUAAACUAAGUAAAUUACAAGAAAAAGUAGCAGCCCACUUUCUGCCUUUCUCUUUCUCUUCUCUAUGAUCCCUACAAGUUUACAGCACAUGUUUGUUUCCUCAUUUGCAGCCCCCCUCUCUCUUAGGCUAAUAGGCUUCUCUCAAAAUAGACAACUUUUAUGUUAUCUUCUCUAUCUUUUAUCUUAAUUAAGUUUUUGAUUACUUAUGUAUUAACCCAUUAAUUAAGAGAUUUAUAUUUUUUUGCUGUAAUACUUAAUAAUUUAAUUUUUAAUAGUGAGAGAAAAUUAUGGGUAUAUUGCAAGAUGAUGUUGUGAUUUUUAAGGCACCAGAGAAAGAAGGAGACCCAACUAUAAUUACUGUUAAUUGCCCUGAUAAACUUGGUUUAGGUUGUGAUCUUUGCCGCAUCCUCCUCUUCUUUGGAUUCUGUAUUACCAGAGUUGAUUUUGCAACAGAUGGGAAAUGGUGCUACGUAGUGUUAUGGGUGAAGGGGAAACCAACAAUAAAGUGGGGUUUGGUGAAGAAGAGAUUGGUUGCAGCAUGCCCUUCUUGUUUUUCAGCUUCUGGGAUUUCUUAUUACAGAGCUGAGUUGUUGCAGCCUCCUAAACCUCCUGAUGUUUUCUUAUUGAAGUUAUGCUGCCAUGAUAGAAGAGGGCUUUUACAUGAUGUCACUGAGGUUUUGUGUGAGCUCGAGCUCAAUAUACUGAGAGUAAAGGUAUCCACAACUCCAGAUGGGAAAGUGUUGGACCUCUUUGUUAUUACAGAUACCAGGGAACUGCUGCAUACCAAAAAGAGACAAGAGGAUACCAAAGAGCAUUUAAGAGAGAAUCUUGGAGAUGAUGUGAUGUGUGACAUUGAAAAGGUCGGCUUAGAAGUUACUGCCUGCUCACAAGCAUCUCCGCUUCUUCCUUCUGCAAUCACAGACGACACUUUUAACUCUGACAUACCCGAUAAAUACUGUAAUGGAACUGGUCUUUCCAACUGUGCAUCCGUCACAAUAGAUAAUACUCUUAGUCCUUCUCACACUCUUGUCCAAAUUGCUUGCCAAGAUUAUAGAGGUCUUCUUUAUGACCUGGUGCGUACAUUCAAGGAUUAUAACAUCCAGAUCUCUUAUGGGCGAGGCACCAUGAAGCAGAAAAAGAACUGCGAGAUUGAUUUAUUCAUCAUGCAAGCUGAUGGAAAGAAGAUAGUUGACCCUAGCAAGCAAAACGCUUUGCGGUCUCGUCUAUUAAUAGAACUAGCUCGACCACUUAGAGUUACUGUUGUCAGCCGUGGCCCUGAUACGGAGUUACUGGUUGCAAAUCCAGUGGAGAUAUCUGGAAGGGGGAGGCCUGGAGUCUUCUAUGAUGUAACCCUUGCUCUGAAAAUGCUGAAUUUAUGCAUCUUCUCGGCUGAGAUCGUGAGGCACGUCAUUGGACAUCGUGAAUGUGAAGUAUACCGGUUCUUGCUUCAGGAAGGGGACUGCUUAUCAGUUUCUAGGAAUAACAUUGAAGAGAGAGUAUGGAACACAUUAAUGGGCUGGGAAUGAUGAGUACCAUCAUCUUUUUGCCUAAAGGCAUGCCUCGGAAUCUGUACAUAUACACUAGACAACUGUAUUUUACAUGUAAAGCAUUACCAUUACCUACUGAAUUCUGACUUGAUGUAUAGUUCAUGUAAGCUUAAGUAGCAGGGAAGAAAAAAGCUACGGAUGGAUGAAGCCGUGAAGGAGAUAGAGACAGAGAGUAGAGACGAUUAGGAUUAGUCAAUUAGCCUCAGAGAAAGUACUUUCAUAUGUAAAGGUAGGAGAGGGGGGAAGAUGUAGUGCCAUUGCUCAAGAUAGUAUGUUUCUUUUUCUUCUCUUUUUUGGAUGGAGAGGUGGAAAGGUUCUUGGCCAAAGACAUGCAUCCUGCUGACUAUGAUUUGCUUGUAUAUGGUUUUGUUGUGCAUGCAAUAUAUGGGAAAAUGAUAUUUUUACA